CAGAAACAUCUUGAAGUAAUAUUUCUGGGAAACAUCGAUUCGCUUUUUAUAUUUGUUUGGUAACACUUUACAAUAAGGAUAGAUUAAUGGACCAUUAAUAAACAUUAGUAAUUAGCAUUAUGUAGCAUAAGCGCUAGGGUUAGUGGGUGAGGGUUAACCAUGACACGCUUACCGUAGCGCUUAUGCUAAUAAUUAUUGUAUAAAUUAACACACUUCCUCCUCAUGUGGAUGCCCCCUGUAAUCCUACUCUUAUGUUCUGAUGAAAAAUAUCUUACCCACAAUCGGGUUCAGUUUCAUGUCACCCUCAAGAAAAACAGGCAAGCAAAGCCAACCAACAGGUUGAAAGGGGUGUGCCACAAGGAAAGCUGGCGCUUAUAUCUGCAAUGAAAGAUUGCAUAGAGUAGCUGACCUCACUACAUGGUUAAGGUCACCAGGACUCAGGAGCUGCCUGUCUUGUUCCCCCAUCAACCAUCAACCCAUCUAGAGAAGACAUGGCCGUGACGUCCACCACCACUGUGAUCCAAGUCGGCGGGGCCCCCAGCAGCCGGCACUGGUCCACUGAGCUCUGUGACUGCUGUACAGACACCAAAACCUGCUGCUGUGGCUUCUGGUGCUUCCCCUGCAUGCAGUGCAAGGCCGCAGGGGACUUCGGCUGGUGCUGCGCCAUGCCCCUGCUGGACUUCUUCUGCUGCGCCGUGUCCUGCUGCCUGCGCGCCUCCAUGAGAGAGCGAUACAACAUUGACGGUUCGGGCUGUAAUGACUGCUGUGCGUUGAUGUGGUGUUACCCGUUCGUCUGGUGCCAAAUGGCUCGGGAAGUCAAGAUCCGCAAGCAUGGAAGUGCACUGCCCACCACUACGGUGAUCACCAACCAGGUCACCUCACACUAGGGGCUCCGAGCCAGGGGCCCCUAGGGAGCCAAACUGAAGCUAGUGGCCCUGGCCUUGGGUGUUUCCAAUCUAGUGGUCUGACCAGUAGAUUGGAAGUGAAGACUUUUAAGGUCUUAGAUUAUUGUUUAGAUUUAGAGAAAAAUAUUCGAAAACAAAUGCGUGCCGAAAAUAUGAAAUAAGUUGCAUACAAAUAGCAGUGUGAAAUGACUGGAGAUACAAAGUCAGUUGCCCGUUGAAAGAUUGUGCUACAUUAAAAUAUAAUAUAUCAAUAAGGUUAAACAACACAAAGUCUGACAUGGAAAGACCUCCUCACAGACCUAUGGGGUGCAAUGGAUACACUGGGGAUUUGCAGGUGUUGUGGGAGAGGGAUAUACAAGUAAUCGAUGCACUGGCAUUUUUCCAUUGGACAUUCCAGUGCAUUGGCUCCAUGUCUGUGAUUUUAGAAUUGUGCAUUCAGUGAGGAAUGGUGAUCUCAAUAAUGUGAAGAUCUGUUGUAUAUGUAUAGUACACAUAAGGGGGGGGGGGGGGGGGGGGGCCUCUGUUGGCUUUUUUUAUUUUUGCUUUUGGGCGCAAAAGUAUACCGUAAUAAAACGAUUUAUAUGGAAAA